UGGGCCUGAGAGGACGCAGCCCCCGGGAGGUCCGCUUCAGCCCCUCCCUCGACCUGAGCGGAGGUGACGAGUUCGCCAGGGAAAUGCGCUCAGCUCAGACAAAACGAACACAGCUUUAUUACGGAGGACCCGCUUUCCUCCGCGUGGCACUGCGUGUCGCCUCCCGAGCUGAAAUAUGGUCCCCGGGUGGUCAGAACUUCCCUCCCGGUUUGCAGACGACAAGUUAAGGUCCUCGAAGAUAUCAGCCGACAACGCAACUGACGGCUCUGAUGGACUAGAAACGGGACGCAGGGCCUUUAGAAGCGGGAGGGUGCUGGGCGCCCUGGCCCCGCUGUCAUCCCAGCCCUCCGGGAGGCUGAGGCAGGAGGACCGAAAGUUGUAGCCCACCCUGGGGAGCUUAAGGGUCUGUGCGCUAAGGGAGGCCAUUUGGCCUUGUCCCGGCUGCCCUGAGGCCCUCUGGUCCUCCCUGUCCCCAGGGUGCGUUCCAUCUCGAGUUUGGGGACGAGAUAAUGCCACACCCUCUGCAUCCCCAGCCCAGCGCCUUAUCGGCCGCCCCAGACCCUGCCUGGCCGCCGCUGCCAGGGUUGUCACCAAACCCGAGGGAAUGGGGACCCUGCACGCAGUAGCCGCGCUGCGACCCGAGCCGGGGGCGGAGCGGCGCCUGCGCACUCGGCCGCCGCGGGAAGUUGGAACGAGGCAGCCCCGGGGGCCCCGCGGCGGCACGGCGAGGAUAUGGGCUCCGAAGCCGGGGACACGGGCACCGCGGCCGGCCUAGCCCGGCGGCUGCGGGCCGCUCUGCUCCAGGAGGAGCCGAGGGAGGUGGAGGCGCUGCUCACCCAUGGCGCGGACCCCAACCUGGUGCUGGAGGACGGCGCUGCCCCCCUGCACCUGGCGGCCCGGGCGCGGCGUCGGCGCGGGCUGUGCUGUCUCGGGGCGCUGCUGCGGCGCGGCGGGGACCCCAACGCCCGCUCAGCCGAGGCGCUGACACCGCUGCACGUGGCCGCCGCCUGGGGCUGUCGCCGCGGCCUGGAACUGCUACUAAGCCACGGAGCGGACCCGGCGCUGCGGGACCAGGACGGGCUCCGCCCUCAGGACCUCGCGGAGCAGCAGGGACAAGGGGACUGCGCGCGCGUCCUGCUGGGGCUGCGCUCGCCCGGCUGCCCGGCGACGGCGACCACGGGAAUCCCCGGAGACAUCCUGGGGUCCCCCCGUGUGACUCUGGACUCCGGCCCCCCGCAAGCCCAGCCUGACUGUGGGGACAUGGGCCUGGCCACCAGCCGGGGGGCCACCAGCCCCACUGACCCCCUGGAGGUUGCCGACGAAGAUGGGGACUCGGGCAGCAGCUCCAAUGAGGCCUCCUUCGUCACCGCAGAGGAAGUUUCCAGAGCAGAGGACAUGGCCCUGGAGAGAAACUCUGUCUGGGCCAGAUCAUUGCCCCGGGCAGAGCAGGGAUGCAUGCAGGCAGCCCCGGGGCCCACAGGUGGCCAAGGGCCAUCUGGCCAGGAGGCUGAGCUCAGCGCUCGGCUGUGGGCCAUGACUCUGUCUGGGUCUCGGGCCACCUUCUUCCCACCCCUCCUGGAUGCCCACAGCUGCCCCCAGGAGCCAGGCUUCUGCUCCCUGGCAGAUGAGCAGCUGUCCUGUGGGGGAGACGUGGCUGCCCUCUGGCUGACAGAGGACGAGGCCAGUGCUGCAGAAGACAGGGACUGUGUCCCCACCUGCCAGCUUCCGCCAGCCCCUGCCAUGCCUGGCCAACAGCUGCUGCACAGGUUCUCAGCACCAGGCGACUAUCACUGCCCAGCUGCUCCUUUCCCCUGGCCAGAAGAAGCCCGGGCUGUGCUUGACCCAGACUUUUCAAAGUACAGCCCAGAACUGGCCAAGGCCCUGCGGACAGGCUGCAUCCCUGAUUGCCAGGCGGACGAGAACGCGCUGGCCCAGCAGUUCGAGCAGCCGAAUCCCUCAAAGAGGUGGCGGGAGGGUGUGGUGAAGUCCAGCUUCACGUAUCUGCUGCUGGACCCCAGGGAGACUCAGGACCUGCCAGCCCGAGCCUUGUCACUGAGUCCAGCCCAGCGUCUUCAGACAUUCGUCCGUGCCAUCUUCUAUGUGGGCAAGGGGACACGCUCCCGGCCCGACGUCCACCUCUGGGAGGCUCUUGGCUACCGUGGGCGGCCAGGGAGACAGGCCUGCCCCAAGGUGCGCCGGAUCCUGGACAUCUGGGACAGUGGCCGCGGCGUGGUCUCCCUGCACUGCUUCCAGCAUGUGGUGGGUGUGGAGGCUUACACACGGGAGGCCUGCCUCGUGGAUGCCCUAGGAGUCCAGACGCUGACCAACCAGAAACAGGGGCACUACUACGGCCUGGCAGUGAGCUGGCCCGCGGCUCGGCGGCGGCGCUUGGGGGUGCACCUGCUGCAGCGUGCCCUGCUCAUCUUCCUGGCUGAGGGCCAGCGGGAGCUGCGGCCUGAGCACAUUCAGGCGCCAGGCUGAGUGCUGGGCUUGGCCGUCCAGCGUGGACAGAUGUCAUGGUGCUGAGAACAUCCCCUCUGCGGCUGCAGAUGGCGGGGUGUGCGUGUGUGCAUGUGCAUGUGUCAGCACCAGGGCAGACCCCCCUUUCAAACUGAGGUGGGGCUCUGUGAACAUGGUACCGCUGCCAAGCUAGUGAGCUCCCCAUUGUGGGAGGCAGCCAAGGGGCAAACCAGAAGGUGCUUUGCAAUACUUCAGUGCUCUGGCAGUCUUUGGGGAUUGUCUUUUUAUUUUCAUUUUUUUGAGACAGGGUCUCACUAUAUAGCCCAGGCUGGCCUUGAACUCACUUCGGCCCUCCUGUCUCAACCUCCUGAGUGGUGAGAUUAUAGGUGUGCACCUCCGUGCCUGGCUUUUGUGGACUGUCUGGGUCACUUUCCCACUGCUGGGACACAAUAGCUGACACCCAAACUAAAAGGAAGAGAAGUUUAUUUUGGUUCAUGGGUUCAGUCCAUGGUCACCUGCUCCAAGGCAGAGACAGCAGGGCAGAGGGGCCUGCAGAGGACACUCCUCACCUCAUGGUGUGGGAAGCAGGAGGAGAAAAGAGGAAUCAGGGACAAGAAUGGACCUUCCACCUUCCAGGCCAUACCACAGUGACCUCCUCCAACCAGGCCCCACCUUCUUCUUUUUUUUUUUUUUUUUGUUACCAGGGAUCCAACUCGAGUCUUUGCGCUUGUGAGACAGGCAGCAGAACCACUGAGCUAAAUCCCUGGCCCAGGCCCCACCUUACAGCACUUCUGGCCAUGAACUCAUCCAUGGAUGAACACACAGAUGACCAUGGCACCACAUGAUUCCCACCACACACAGGCUUUGGGGGACAUUUUAGAUCUUACCCAUAAUAUGGCCCAAGUCCACUUUGGUUUUUUUGAGACUGUGUAGCUCAGGCUGCCCUUGAUUCUCCUGCCUCAGCCUCUGAGUACUGGGAUUAUUGGAGUGCACCACCAAACCCGGUUCUGAGUCCACUUUUAUACCCUAGACACAGGGGACCCACAGGCAGGCUGGCUGGGGUUUCCUUAGGUCCCCACAGGGGUCUGCCCUUCUUAAGAGCCGGGCUUACUGCCUCUGGGCUGUAGGGUGCUGGGCUGGUCUGCGUCUGCCUGGGCCUCAGUAUGUACCAUGGCGGAGUUUCCACCUGCUGGGGAUUCCCAUAGGUGGCUGGAGGGAAGCGGCUGGGCUCUGAACAGUGGUGCAGUGAUAGUGCAGGCCUGGUAUCCCAGCCCUGGGAGGAUGAGGCAGGAGGGUCACAAGUUCAAAGGCA